GUCGAUAGAGCUGAUUUUCGCUGUCGUCGUCUCCCUCGUCCUCCUCUCCGUGUUGUUGUUCUCGGUGACGCGACGGAGGUGUAGCCUGACGCGGUCUCUUACGUGUCGGUCUGAAUAAAAGUGGAGCUCCGUAGACCCGGGAGUGACGAAGCGAGUCUGUGUUGGUAAGAGGAUACGCAUCCGAUGUUUGCUAAACAGAUAGAUGGCUGCCCAGAGAAGUUAUUUGCGCCUAAUAUCCGCUCAACGCCAACAAAGAGAUCAUGGCGGCGGUGUUGCAGAGGCUCUCAAAAUGAGUCAGUCUCUGCAAGGCUCGCAGCACAACUGAGACAUAGAUUUUAAAUGACAAUGGAGGCUGGUGCAGACACACAGCAAAGUGGUGAAACAGUUGUCUCGGAGUCUGAAGCCCAGCAGAUCAGCCUGACCCAGACAGGGUAUGACUGUGGGUUGUCAUGGUUGCAGGCGUCCAUCGCAGCUGGCCAGGUGACAACCAGUGGUCCCACAGUCACUCUCGUGCAGUUACCCAACGGUCAGACAGUCCAGGUGCACGGGGUUAUCCAAGCUGCUCAGCCCUCCGUCAUCCAGUCCCCACAAGUCCAGACAGUACAGAUCUCAACUGUUGCUGAGAGUGAAGACUCUCAGGAGUCCGUAGACAGCGUGACAGAUUCUCAGAAGAGGAGAGAGAUCCUGUCCAGACGACCUUCUUAUAGGAAGAUUCUGAACGAUUUAUCGUCGGACGCUCCCGCAGUGGCACGAAUUGAAGAAGAGAAGUCAGAGGACGACUCGGUCCCUGCCAUCACCACAGUCACCAUGCCCACUCCCAUCUAUCAGACGAGCAGUGGCCAGUAUAUUGCCAUCACUCAGGGUGGGGCCAUCCAGCUGGCCAAUAACGGCACAGAUGGAGUGCAGAGCCUGCAGACGCUGACCAUGGCCAACGCAACCCAGCCUGGUGCCACCAUCCUGCAGUACGCACAGACCAGCGACGGACAGCAGAUCCUUGUGCCCAGCAACCAAGUGGUUGUACAAGCUGCCUCUGGUGAUGUCCAGGCCUAUCAGAUCCGUACAGCCCCCACCAGCGCCAUCACUCCUGGGGUGGUCAUGGCGACUUCGCCUGCAAUGGGCACAGGAGCCCCCGAGGAAGUCACACGCAAACGGGAGGUCCGACUUAUGAAAAACAGGGAAGCAGCCCGCGAGUGUCGCAGGAAGAAGAAGGAGUACGUCAAGUGUCUGGAGAACCGCGUGGCUGUGCUGGAGAACCAGAACAAAACCCUCAUCGAGGAACUGAAAGCCCUCAAAGACUUGUACUGCCACAAAUCUGAGUAGAAACGUCAGCGAACGCCUGCUAGGGGCUCGACAGGUGCCCGUUUGUCCCCAUGUACAGAGACUCAGCACAGAGCCAUGCAUCUGGGUGCCACUCCCCCUUUUUCUACUCUUUUUGCUUUCUUUUUAAAAACUGCUGGAAAAUCUGUAAAGUGACUCACCAGGGAUAGAAACACACACACCCCUUCCCACUUCAGAGAUUUGAAAUCGUAAUCCUGUUCCAUUCAGUUUCCCAUGAAAGGGUGAAGCAAUGUUCAGAACGGACGUGGACGAGUCCUCGUGGUAAUGGAACAGACAAUGAGGCUGUUUUUUUUUGACGCCACCAAAGGGAAGCAUUCCAGUCACUGGUGCCUGGACAAACCGGGCGACAUCACCAGCAACAGGGAACGGCUCAACUACCAUCGCCAAUAACAACGGAGCUUUUUACAGUUUAAUCUCCCCAAGACACUUGGAUCGUUUGGAGAGGUUACUUUUGUGUGCAGCGUUUGUAAUGGCUCUCUCGCAUUAACAUCUGUUACUUACUAAUGCUUUGAAAUGUAGAUGAACUGUGUCAUGGACAUUUUAUCUUUUUUUUUUUAGCUGCGUUUUGUUUUAUGUAUUGGAUUAUCUGCUUGCGUAAUGCCAUUGACCUUUUUUUUUUUUUUUAAACUUAAAUUUACUUUGCCUUGAUACGAGAUGAACAAAAAGGCUAACCAGUAUGUUUGGUUGUUAAAUGGUUUUCAUGUUGAAUGCAGCUUUAAAGAUGCAUGGCGAAGAGGGAUCGUAGUCAGAAAUAUCUCAAGCGGAACGUUUAUGGCUACAGAACUCUUCGUGUGUAUUCGAUCUCUGAUGCAUGUUCCCAAUCAUAUUACUAAGGCUCAUUGUUUUUGAUUUCUAACGAGGUCCCUCUGUGGCACAAUGCGUUCCCUGAUACAAAUAGUUUGGGAAAAUGGGGCUAAAGCUCCUGCGCCACAGCAUGUAAACAAAGAAAAAUGGUUAUGCUACAGUUUGUGUUAAAAGUGAUAUUUAAAAAAUAUUGGAUUUUCAGUCAUAUUUUUGUAUUAUGGAUUUUUCAAUCCAUUUUUUUAAAUUUACUGGUUCAGCGCUUCGUUUAAAACGGGCCUGUUCGUGGCCUCUGGUAUGUUUCUUAAUAACCGCUCAUCCUUAAUAGGAGUCCCAUCUCAAAACACUACAGUGUGUCCAUAACGCACUAAUACAUAUAUCCUGUAGAUCUCCACUCGACCCUGCACUCCCCGGGUCCUCAGCAAUACACCCGCUGAGUGUGAAGCUGAUCGGUUGAACGGUUGUCAAGAAUAUCGAAGGACAGGCAGAGACGUGUUCCAUUUUUAGAUGGAUUGUCAUUUCCUGGAUUCGUCGAUUUAUAAAACAAAAAUAAUGAGCGUGUUUUGCAAUAUUGUCUCCAUAGUAACACAUUGGAGACGCAUCACUGGAAUCAUGGAUUGCUUUGGUAUGUUGGUGUAUUAUACUGUCUUUGAACAUGUAAUGUCACAUUGGGAAAGUUUUUGAAUUCUGUAUAAAAGAAAAAAAUCCUUGUGUUGGAGGUUGAUGAGUUUGUAAUCAGAAUGUGAGAUACUGGGCUCCUCUACGUACAGUAGCGGUGUCCCCGGCUGUGAAGGCAUCAGCAGAAGCCGUCUCCAAAUUCUGUUUACAGCAUUACAAAGUGGCAUGUGCACUUUCCUUGCAUACACAAUCCUAGCACAUUUCACACCAUUGAACAGGGAAAUCUCAUGCACCUCCAACAGGUAACGCCUGCUGUUGCAAGGUGCCUCUGAGAUUUUACUUGAAAGUAACACUGCGAAUCAAAAUGUACAUGGUGUUUUAUUGCUUAUUAAUUAUCAAGGCAUCAUCAGACAUUUGAUUGGACGUUGUUUGCAGCGUCCAAUUGCACCAAGUACGAUUGCACCUAUCAAACACCCUGCAAGAGGAUUGUAAAGUGCGUCCAAAUCAAAGAAUUCACAGAACAAUAAUGGAUAUUUUCAUUAUAAUGGAAUGCCAUGUUGUGUUAUUUUAGGUAUUAUGUAUAGUCAUGACAUAGUAUGCUUUUUUUUAUGUUGCUUAUCAUUAAUUUUGUAUUCACAAUUUCUAAAUGUCAGCACCAACUUGUAUAAUACAGUGCAUUAUGUUAGAGCUAUUCAAUUAUUACAUUUUUGGCAGCUGUUAAUAAAUGUGUUUCUGGUAA